AUGGAAGUUUCUAUUGCAGUUUAUGAAUAUUGUUUACGUUAUUUAUUAGAACGCAUUCCAUCAAGAAGAUCUACUCGAAAUAAUCGACAAAAUGAUGUACCUAUUGAAGAAUAUGUUGUUGAUGAAUUAUAUAUCAAAUUGAAAGAUUAUUUAAAAACUUAUUUAGAAGAAAUUUGUGAAGCUAUGAAAAUUUUUGUUGCUAAAAUAGGAUAG